AUGAGACGCCUCCGGAGGCUGGUGCAUUCUGUCCUUUUCCGUCCCUGGUCCAGGGGGAUACAGAACCGACUGCCAGGCAUCAAAGUGAAGUACCUCUUGUUUGUGUGGCUGGGAAUCCUUGUGGGAAGCUGGGUGCUUUACAUGCAUUACUCCUCGUACUCGGAGCUGUGCCGAGGACACAUCUGUCAGAUGAUUAUUUGUGACCGCUACAAAAAAGGCAUUAUAUCUGGCUCCGCCUGCAGGGAUCUGUGUGAGGAAAACACACUGGUCUUCCAGCACUGUCUGUCCUCAACCCCCGUUCACCAGGUUUAUGGGGGAGUGUGGAACAAUCAGGAGGUGAUAAUUAAAUGUGGGAUAGAGGAAGCCUUCAGAGCAGAUGUGAGUCUGGACUCUCUCCCCCGGAGGGACCUUGCUUUGUUUGACAAACCAACAAGAGGAACUUCUAUGGAUGAAUUCAAGGAGAUGUUGCUGACAUUCUUAAAGUCCAGCCUCGGAGACCAGCAGUCGCUCGGGAGUCUGGUGAGCAGAAUAAUCACAAUGGCUGACAUCAACCAGGAUAAGAAGGUCUCUUUGGCAGAAGCCAAAUCAGUCUGGGCCUUGCUGCAGCUCAAUGAGUUCCUGCUGACAGUCUCGCUGCACGAGAAGGAACACACCCCAAAGCUCCUGGGUUACUGUGGAGACCUGUACAUCACUGAGAAAAUUCCCUAUGACUCACUGUACAGUGUCAAGCUCCCUCGCUUCCUACAGCCAGCUCUGCCCCAGGCACUACAGAUGCGCUUAAACCACUGGUUCGCCCCUCCGUGGCCCAGGAGAGCAAAGAUAACCAUCGGGCUGCUGGAAUUUGUGGAGGAGAUAUUCCACGGGGCGUACGGCAGCUUUUACAUCUGUGACUCUGAGCCGGCCAACAUGGGCUACAGCGAGAACUACGACUUCAAAAUGGUCAACCUGAGGAAAGUGGUGACGGAGAUGGGGCUUCGGGCUUUUUACAAAGGACGUCACUGCGAGCGCAACGCGGACUGCACCCACAUUAGAGACUGCACGGCGACGUGCGACAGGCUGAUCAAGCAGUGCAACUCAGAGCUCAUUCAGCCCAACCUGGCCAAGGUGUGCCGGGUGCUGCAGGAGUUCCUGCUGCCUGGGGCCCCCCCGGACUGCAAGGAAGAACUGCAGAAACACCUGCAGACCUGCAUGACCCUGAGCGGCCUGGCCAGUCAGAUGGAGGUGCACCACUCGCUGGUGUUAAAUAACAUUAAAACUCUGCUGUGGAAGAAAAUCUCAGACACCAAAUAUUCCUAAAGAGAAUUGCUGCGGCUCCCAAAAUCCCACUUGGUCCUGGCCAGGAAAGAGCACUUUCUAAUCAAAAGAUUUAGUGAGAAAUCAGAGAAUCCUUCAAUUCAGUUUUAAUUUGGAAACCGACUUGUUAAGA